AUGAGCAAAGCAGCUGACCCUUACUACAAUCGCAAGUCGAUUCCAGAUGAGUUCAUCGAACAUGUUGGGCAGACUGGCCUCAAUCCACAGGAGGAGGCAGCAAACCGCGAACGAAAGUAUAGUGUGACGGGAGUGGAUGUACGGAAGCACGACAGCAGUAGCAAGGGUCUUCUUGCCUUCCAUCCACAAUCGGACCCCUACUACUCUCGCAAGAAGGUUCCCGAUUCCAUGAUUCAUGGUGUCGGCGAGACUGGUUUGACCAAGGAAGAAGAAUACCUGAAUCGCGAGAGAAAGUAUAGUGUGAACGGAGCAGAUCUGAGGAAGUUCAGCAAUGCCGGCAAGGGUAGCUACGCUCCUGGAGAUGAUCCGUACUAUACACGCAAGCCGGUCGACAAAUCCCAGAUUGAUGGUGUAGGAGAGACAGGUAUGUCACGAGCUGAGGAGUUCGACACGCGUGAGAACAAGGCAUCUCUUUUCGACAUAUCAAACGAUCCCUUCCAACAGUUGACUGGUUCUGGACAUCGAGCUUCAGUCUCUGGUGCUGCCGCUCCCGUCGCGGCGGCUGCGAGACGAAGGAGCUCGGCAGUCGCACCUGACGCAGCAGCUGCCACAGCUGCCCACAAUCACCACACCAGUGGAUAUUCAGGAACUCAGGGUUUGGAGACCAUUCCUAGCCGUGUGGAGGACAAUGACAUUCGACCAUCUAUAGAUGUGCCUCCGACCAUUCCGUCGAGCACUCUGAACAGCGGCACAACACAUCACACGGGCGACACGGGUCAUACUAUAUUCUAUGACAGAGCGACGAUAGACCCCGACAAUGUUGGACCAGAUCAGAGGUUGUAG